AUGCCCUCACUUCCCGCCUUUAGGACAAUUGGAAUCUUCCUAAUCCAUUACUCUCAGCAAUUGCGCGACGAGCUAUUGACAAUCGAUUCAUAUAUACUCAUUCGCGUUUCAAAGUGCACUAUCCACCACAUAUCUGCAUCAAUCAACAUGGACUCUGGCAAGAAUACCAAUCCUCCUGUGUCUCCCUCCGGCCGCAGACGCAGCUCUGGCACACUGUUCCAAGGUCUUAUGGACCAGAAACGUCACGAAGGCACUUCUGCCCGCAGACAAUCGAUGACCGACUCGAAGCCUACUCCUGGUUUCUUGGGUCAAAUGUGGCACAACUGGACUCGAGGUCCCGCCAGUCCCCCGAAAUAG